UGUUUCUCCAUCCUCUGUUCUCCUCACACACAGAGACCAGGGAGCUGCGGAAUAGGCGUGUUUGCCGCUGCUGCCGCUGCUGUUGCUGCUGCUCAUACACCGGCUCAACAUCACGUUCAGUGUAAACAUCGCGGAGGAAGACAAAAAAACUGCACAACAAGAGGAACCAAGAGCAAGUUAUUUAACUGACCGUUUCUAUCCGAAGUGAUGGAGCACCAUUUCCUGAUGACACCGUGGUGAGACCGGUGCAGCCCUGUCACGCCCACAGCGCCCCCUUUCGGCCCGGACGGCCCACCAUGGUCCGGCGCCUAUGAAAGGGUACCAUGUCAGCCGUAGCAUGUCUCAGCAUUCCUCUGGUGGUGGCCCCUGCCAUUGCUCACCUGAGGACUGCGAUGGCCCAGGCAGAGAGUACUACCAGGGCCACAGUGACGGCCACUAUUACCCUCCAGGAGGUCCAGCUGAGGCCCUGGCACUGGAAAGGCAUCAUUCCCACUCCCACUCCCACUCUCACUCCCACGGUCACUCUGGAGGCGGCACAUUCCCCCGUUCCCAGCACCCACCUCUGCAGUCAUUUGACUCUUGUGAAGAAUGCUUGUCUUCAGGCCAUGGAGGCAAGAUGCAUCGCAUUCCCCCAAACCUGAUGGACCAGUUUGAGAAGCAGGUGCCCUUUCAUCCCGAUGGCUUCCACACCCUGCAGUACCAGCGCACCGCUAGUGGGGGCGCUGAGCCACGCAGUGAAAGCCCCUCCCGCAUCCGUCACCUGGUCAACUCCGUGCAGCGUCUCUUUGCCAAGUCCCAUUCCCUGGAAGCACCAUCCAAACGGGAAUACAAUGGCACAAGAGGAAGUGGUGAGAGAGACUACCGUGGUGAAAGAGGAGGAGGAGGAGGAGGCCACAGGAGUGGAGGGGAGGAUGGUGGAGGCCACUACUCGGGCCACCAGUCUCGCUCUACCAGGAGGAGCAAGUCUCGAGAGCGUAGCAAGAGUGGAGACUCACGACACGAGUCGGGCAGACGCCACCGCAGCAGGACAGCGGGCUGGUGGAGCUCUGAUGAUAACCUGGACAGUGAUAGCAGCUUCCUGGUUAGCGGAGGCAGACGAGGGUAUCCCAGUGGACACGAGAGCCUCGAUGCCGCCAUCCAGGAGCUUACCAUGAAGAAGCCCAAGGAACGCGGCGGGGGUGGACCGGGGCCAGGGGAGUGCAUGGCGUGCACCACAAUGGCUUUGGCCGGGACUGAAGGAGGGGGACACCAUGGGCACCAUGGGCACUCUCUGAAGAGGAGCACAUGGUCAGCCAUGACAGUGAGUCAAGCAAGGGAGGUGUACCCUUCCUCCAGGGGAGGAGCCUACAACAAAGCCCUUGUUCCCAUGGAGAGCAAGCUGAAGGAGAGGAGUUUCCACUACCUGCAGGUCCCUUCAGAAGACUGGGCAGGUGGAUAUGGCAGCGGUGGAGGAGCCGAUACUGGAGGGGAGAUCCCUUGUCGUCGCAUGCGGAGCGGCAGCUACAUCAAGGCCAUGGGCGAUGAUGACAGUGCCGACUCAGACACCAGCCCCAAAGCUUCGCCCAAGUCCACGCUGAUUGCUCAGAGGGAGGCGUUUAGACGAUCUAUCAGCAUGGAUCAAAGGUACUCGUGUAAACAAUGCACUGAUUCCUACCCCAACAGCCGAACCACGCCCAAAACCCACACCCGCUCCCGGAGUUACACGCGCUCGCUGACCAGCUCGCAGCUGGGAGACACUUUGAACCGUCAGUUUGAGGCCGUGUGUGAGACCAUGUUCGGGGAGGUGGAGUCUCAGGCUGUGGAGGCUCUGGAUCUUCCGGGUGUGUUCCGCACUCGCAGCCACAGCUACGUCCGCGCCAUCCAGGCCGGCUGUUCCCAGGACGAUGACUGUCUCUCUGUCUUCUCCAUGUCAGGCCCCCAGGGAAGCAUGAAGGGCGGGGCUGUCUUUCCUUAUCGCAAAGGUGCUCCUCCUCCACUUCCACCUCGCAUGUCCAAGUCUUCACUCUCAGUGCGGGCCCAGAGCAGCACUGAGUCCACGCAGGAUGCCUACUUCCAGAGCAGUGGACAGUUGGUCUCAAGCUCUGGUCGCCCAAAGCAGCACAGCAACUCUGUGGACAUGGGCAUCUCCGACGGACCGCCAGGUCGCUCCUCCAGGGGAGGCUACUACACCGCCACGGGCCCUGCGCGUUCCAGGCAGCACAGUAACUCGGCAGAGAGCUUAGAUGGUGUCAGGGGUUCACGGGAGCUGGUUCCCUACGGAGGGGGCCCGGGAGUUGGAGUGAGAGCCAAACACAGCAGCUCAGCUGACAGUCUUCUGGAGGGUCCACCCAGGCCGGUCAGGGAGCGGGAAAGCAGGAUUGGAGGCAGCCUGGGCAAAUCCGCCUCUCUGCCUCAGAACAGCUUAGUUCUGAGCAAAGCUGUUGGGCAGGACGAUGGUCGCGGUGUGAGAAAGUGGAGUCCAUCUAUAGCUGUGCAGGUGGACAGCUCAGGAACCCUGUCAGAUUCAGAAGGAGAAAGCAAAGCUCUUACACAGGUCCACUCCAUAGGGGUCCAAGUGGAGGAAGAUAAAAGGCGGGCUCGUUUCAAGCGCUCCAACAGCGUGACGGCAAGCGUGCAAGCCGACCUGGACCCUGAGGGCUUCCCAGGGCUCAGCAUCGCCGUGCCAACACAGGACAAGAGUCUUCAGUUCGGCUGUUCCUUCCAAAGGCACUCGUCAGAGCCCGAGUCUGCCAGCCAGUACACCGAGUGCCACCGUACAGUGCACACACAGGGACAGUGGGCGCACAGAGAGGACUACAUCCAGACUGGCUACACCAGUGAGGUCUGCCCAGCAGAUCCACGGCCGCACCAACACCAACACCAACACCAACACCCGCACCCACACUUGCCCCCACGUUCCCACUCCCCUCUGCCCAUCACAUCUGAGCGAGCCUGGGCAGGUACGCCGUCCCUAGAAGGCCCCCGCAGCCUCCCCGACUCAGGCAGAGCCUCGCCUUGCAUGAGAGAUGGAGAGUUCUUCUUACGACUCCUGCAGACAGAGGUGGAGAGGAUGGAGGGCUGGUGCCAGAACAUGGAGAGAGAGGCUGAGGAGAAGGAACUGCCAGAAGAAAUUCUUGAGCUAAUCCGAAAUGCAGUUGGCAGUGCCCAGAUGCUCAUGUCUCAGAAAGUCCAGCAGUUCUUCCGCCUCUGCCAACAAAGUGUGGACCCAUCAGCCUACCCUCAGCCCACCUCUCAGGACCUGGCGGGAUUCUGGGACCUGCUCCAGCUCAACAUAGAGGACGUCAGGGUCAAGUUUCAGGACCUCCAGAGGCUCAAGGACUCUGGUUGGAGACUCCCAAGUGAAAAGAAGGAGGACAAGAAGCUUCCUCCUCCAUUACCAAAGAAGCCAGCAGGUGGGGUGACUGGCAGUCUCCGGGCCGAUAGCACAGGGGAUGUGGGCACUGGUGGUGGGUCAGGGGGCCUGGUGGUUCCCCGUGUGGGUGGACACACUUUACCCAUCAGAGAGAAGUCCUUGGACCUCGUGGAGCGUCAGAGGACAGAAGCGAGGAGGAGGCUGCUGCAAACCAAGAGAACGGCUUCCUUCAGGCAGAACUCAGCUACGGAGAGCGCGGACAGCAUUGAGAUCUACAUCCCCGAAGCCCAGACUCGACUCUGAGCACAAGAGUGCGGUGUGUCUCCUUCUCCUCUUCUCUGCUCACCUUCACCCGUUUUAAGAUCCACUGCGGGUCCUUGCUGUUAUUCUGCUAGCCACACCCUCAGCAUAUUUCCAUUACUUCACAUACGAGAACAGCAAACUGCAAAAUGCCAUCAUGUUGCUCACUAAACAAGCAAUGACCGCCAUUUUAGUAUAUGUGAAAUUUGGAUAUUACUGACACAGAGGCCUAGACCUGAAUGGGUUGGUAGCAGACCUUUGUAACUGAGAAUUUCUUUCUUCUUUUGUUGAAGUUGGCCACAAACAGUCCAUCUUUUAUAGCACUUGGCAGUAGAGAUUCACACAGUAGUAGCAUGCCUGUGCGUGUUCACCUUACACUUUUCCGUCACUGAAACUAAAGGGCUCAACAGGCACAGAUCCUCCACAGAUCUAUGGAUCACUGAUGAAUUAGAAUCAGCUCCAUGUUAUGUUUCGGAGGUUCUGUCACAACAAGAUGAAUCCCCACUCAUCGCACAUGUAUGGAUGAAUUGCCGUGGGAGUCGGAUGGUUCAUAAUCCCCAAAGAACAUCCCACAAACGUAGUGAGUUUACCACGCAAAGGCUCUCCCCCACCCCCCCCAUUCAAAGGAUUUCAAAAUCAUGUAUCUCCGUCGGUCCUCACAUCCCAUGCAUCCACUGACCAUCCUUAGCAUUCAGCAGUGAGGCUGUUUGAAUGUGCAAGUGCUAUUUGUACAUAGUGUGCACACUCAUGUUUGCCAAAACGAGCUUUUGCAGUAUAGCGUCACAGCCUUCACAGCUAGAGAGCCUCACAGACAAAAGCAAAAGGAGGAGAAAUAAAUAGCUGUUUUCUCUUUAAGUAGUCUUUCUGAAGUUUCAGGGUGGGGUUGUUGGGUAUUUUUACGGGAAUAUAUUUUGGAGCCUUUUCAGGACUGUUUGCUGACACGGCCCCUAUUUCACUGUGAGACUAUAGCACCACCUAGUGGUCAAAUGAGGACCCAAACCUACAAGGGGGAUUUUGUAGAGAAUUGUUUCCACCUCAGCCAGAAAAUGAACAAGAUGCCCUGAUGAAACAGCCAUGAAAGAAGUUUCUACAUAACUUUGUUUGCCUUUGUUGUUUUCAUUCUGUAAACGGCGGUAGGUCACAAAUUCAAAAAGAAGAGAGCCGCCAAAGUCUAGUUGUGUGAGUGGAAGUACAAACCUCUCAGUUACAGACACACACACUGGUGACAAGAAAAGGAACAAAGGUUCUCUGAUCAGGAAAUAACAAAAAGGAGUCAUUUUGUACGUGUCUCCAUCCCUAUCUUUUCCAAAGAAUCACCCCAGAGAGUAAAACAGUAAAAGUUGUGAAGUUAUAGAAAUGACAGCAGCGUGUGUUGUUGAGAUUUAGUCACACAUGUAAAUCAGUGGUGAUGCGCUGUAUGUUUGUUGCACUAUGUUUUCUUUCAUCUUUAUUUAAGACUUCCUGAAUCAUAACACCCGAUGUUUCCACUGACAUGUAGCAUGAUUUCAAAAGCUGUGAAGGGGUCUUAUUUACAAACGUAUGUCAGAACACAUCUUUAUUAUUAUUUUAUUGAGGUAUUUUGUAUGGAUGUUGUGUACAGGCCUGUGUGUGGCGUGAAUGUGACGGGCUGUGUGUAAUACAGGAUUUGGGAUGAAGCCCAAAUGAAUACUAAAAAGUCCAAAUCAGCUAUUUUAAAGACGAAAAAAAAGGGGGGAAAAAAACCCUUAAAUUAUAAGAAUCUUUUAGCAUGACCUGUGUAUUUCUUUUCUAAAAUUUGAAUGGAAUGUGUUGGCAAAAUGGGAUAUUUUAAUGGGAGAUGUAUAUUUUAUAAUAUAAUCUACAUUUCUAGGUUAGUAGAGACUAUUGAGUACAGUAUAUGUACAAAAAAAAAGCAUAUAUCAAAUGUGAAAUACUACAGUAUUAUUAUGAUAGAUUAUAGCAUUGUGUGAAACUUCAGCUGUGUGGCAUAUCCAGACUCAGUGUACGUGAAAAACAAUUUCAAAUGAUUAUCCUUAACUUUGUGAGUGCUGAGUCAGGUUCACAGGGUAAAACUGGCAAAGAGUGUAAUUUGCCAAGUAUGAUCCUCCUUAGAUCUACUGUUAAUCUUUGUGUGGUUCUAACAACAUAUAUACUGCUGUAUCCCCUCCCUGUAUAAUUCCUCUUUAGAGCCAACAACACGUGCCUAACCAGCUAUUGUGGAGGUUUCCUUUUAACACAGUUUACACACACACACACACACACACACACGAGAGAGUGAGAGAGAGCGUUGUACAUAGGAAAAUAAGAUCUGCGGAGAGAGCUGCAGAGAAUAUUGUUGAAGGAAAAAUGUUUUUACGCGACCGACGCGCCUCUCCUUUGUGUCCCUUACUUUCACUUGCAAUACUCACAUAAGACUGGCAGAUUUUGUUGAUACUGCAUGUUUUGUGGCAAAUUUAGCAGAAUUUCAUUUUUGACCGGUACAGUUUGAGCAAAUUUUGUAGCCAACAACCUUUUGUUGUGAUUGAAAAGAAAAUAGAUGAGAUUUUACAGUGAGUCACUUCUUUGUACAGUGAUUAUAUCCUUGGAGGACACUAAUAUUGGAGCCCUUGAAACAGUAAUUGGGUGUUUUGACGUGACUCUAGACAGAUCAAUACAAGAGCCUCCACGUAAUACGAGCUGCCCUGGCAAGGGAGGAGAAAAGGGCUCCCAAUUAGAUGUGCUUUUUAAUUCGUUUUGCAGCGGUGUGGGUUGCAGAGCAGCCUUUUAAUCCCCUCAUCCCUUCUCCUGUGUCAAACUCAAACUUGACAACAUCUCAGUGGUGUAUGAAAGAAAGCACAAAGACCUGCUUUUAUACUGUUAACUCCACUGUGAAGGACUCGACUCGAUCCUUAAAAUCCUCAAAUCGACACACAGAGGGAUGGCAAGGCCUUUCCAUUUCGGCCUUGAGGGACACCAGGAAUUGAGGAGGCUUCAAUGGAUAUUUGUCCGCAGUAGCAACUUCUACUACUUAAACCGUUUUUUGCUGACUUUCUCCUUUACACUACUGAUCACAAGUUGAGGUGUUAGCCAGCCACCUUGCCUUGAAACAGGUCCAUUGGAAACACACUUUUUUGUGGAUGUGAUUUCCAUACUUUUUUUUGUUUCUGUACUUUGCCUAUCUAUUUGUCCAACUAUAUAUAUCUAUGUAUCGGCACAGUAUAAACACAGGAGCCUCUGAGUACAAUAGCACCUGGGUGUGUAGUUAUGUACAAACAUGAUCCACGUGCUCACCAAUACACCAGACAACAAGAACAUGAAACCCUUUCUCCUCCUCAUAGAAGUGCAAAAACCCCUCAUGGACAGCCUGACGGACAUGACAACUCUGAGUACCUCAGUUUCUAGCAGCAGUGUCUCCAAACCCUGACCCAGGCCUCUGUCCUCAGGGGAUUCUCUAGCACUAUACAACAGACGGACCCUGAAAUCACAUGACCAGAGCCGUCCCACAAGAAGGUUGUCUAUGCUCUCUGUGGGGGUGCUUGUUAUUUGAGCCCAUUUUCUCUAGUAGCCAUUUUUUUCCGAGGCUGGAGGACAGCAGAGUCAGAGGGGGUGUGGGGGUGGCAGAUCAAUUGUAGCCAAUGUGUGUGUAAUGUCUGUCCUGCGUGUGCAACAACGUGGAGCAGGAGGAAGGAUGUUGUAGCUGCAGAUUUGAGUUUUAGUUUGACAUUUGGUAGCGGCAGAGUUGCUCUGGAGGAAAAGAAGAAAAAAACACUUUUUCCAGCAAAGUGAGCUCUGAGCUGCUUCUGCACAGAUGUGUGAUGUGCAUGGCUGAAAUUCUCAACGACUCUCGGCUGUCUUUAUUUGAAUUCAUGACAUUAUUACAACGUAGGUCCGCUUUAAAUACAGAGAGGAUUCCCGUUACAGCUCAUAUGCAGACUGACAGUACAAUAGCAGAUUUUGAGUUUACACCAUCGAGGGAGGAAAGGAUAAGAGUCGAGUCAGCACUAGUUGUGUCUGGCUGAGUGGAGACUCUCAAGGUCCAUCUCAUCUCACAGCUGAGACAUGAUGGCAUCGCCUAACUGUAAACAUUAACAGUCUAAAUCUAGAGCAAUCUAAAACCUCAGUUAUAUGACACAAUAUAUAUUAUAUAUAUAUUGAUUUGUAUGCAGAUGAUUUUCCAUUAGUAUGUAAGACAAAUAAGUCCAGAAAUAAAAUGUGUGCAAUCAGCAAUACAUAACUUUCCCUCAAAUGAAUAUGAAGUCGGCAUAAAUGCCAUGUUUGUCAUCACACAGUUUCCAUCUUUGUAAUAACAAUGGCAGUAGUGUGGUAAUAAGGCAAUGAUAUUACAAGUGGCGGUAAGGUUAAUAAGUGAAAAAUGCAUCACUUUAAUACCCUCACAUGAAUAUUUUUGUGAAUAACAAUUGAUAAUCCUCACCCCCUUAUGUCCCACACACAUUGUUAAUGCAAGCUGCUUUAACUUUAAAAUAAAAUGGUUAUGAGUAUAAUAUCACUUCUUAUUACAAAGUUUUUUCCACACUGUUAAGUAUACUGUAGGGAUAAUAAAACGAUCUCACUGAUACUGAAAAAGGUAUUAAAAUAGAAUCAAAAAUGAGGUCUGAUUUUUUUGAAAAUCCUAAAUAACUUACAAUUCCUUUCUGGACUUGGACCAAAUCUCCAGAAACUCAUAUUUCUGUUUCUCCUCCAGAGCAGCUUGCGCCCAUGAAGCGUUUUAACUGAGACUCCGAUGUGCCUUUAACAUUGUAAAGUUGCUCUGCAGUACACACACACACACACACACACACACACACAGGAAACCAUGUGGGUUAGAGACAUCUGAGCAAUUACUAUGUAAUUAACAAAAAAAACCCUGCCACCCUCAUGUUUACAAGACUGUAAAUACAUGUUGCCAGUGGACAUUGCUCUUCUCAAUAUUACAUAAUAUUGUUAUAACAAAAUGAUUAUUAUUAUCAGUAUGAUUGUUGUCAUUAAAGGAUUAAUUAUCGCCAUCACUCUCAUUAUUGUAUAGCUAUGGGUAAACAUUGUUCUUUAUUUAAGGGCAAAAACAACUGUUUAAUCCCAUAAUGAUACGUCUUUAAAUUGCUGCUACUAAGAAGAUAGAGUAGAAGAAAAGCAAGCUGACUAUAACUCUGGGAGACACUUUUUUUUUUUCUUCCUCUGGGAUCAAUGAUGGACACUCCUGUGCGGGAGUGAGGGAUCACCACGGGAGGAAAGUAAGAACAAAUUAGGAGGAUCCGAACAUUUUAUUUACCACCCAUUUAUUACCACUCUGAACUCUUGGUUCUGCAGAAGGAGGGAAAACAACAUGGACAUCAAACUGAUACAGACUCUCCACGCUCUGUGUAUUCUACUCUAUACAGUAAUGUAGCAAAAAUGAAAUAGCCCCUUGUGCUCUCUCUCUCUGUCUGUGUCCACCUGUCCUCCUCUCUCAUCUCUUUUCCUGUGCUCCUCUCUGAACACCAUUGGUUUUUAAUCACACGGGUUUGAUACAGAAAGUUUUUUUUUUUUUUCUCUCUCUCUUUUGAGCUCAGCUUUAUCCUUGAGUUCUCUUGUUUUAUACCCAUUUGAUCCAGUGCCAAGACAGCAUACUGUACAUACAAGCAUUAGAGACGUGUUUGUGUUUUUGUUUUGUUUUUUUCCUCCCACAAAAGGAACUGACUGGAGCAUAUAGCAAUAGCGAUGCCAUAAGAUGUGACGUUUGUUUCACCGGUGGAUACACAAGAUGCAUGAGAACACCACGGUGUAAGUCUGAGUUUGUGACUGGGCAAAGGAAGGUGUCACGCCAUUUUACUUUAAUAAGUCAUGAUUCUGUUCUUUUGUGGUGUGGUUUGAAUUUGUGUACAUACACAUUUAUUUAUUGACCUCGUAUGAUUUAUGGAUCUCGAUGUGUCAACGGAGCACGUCUUGAUAGCAGUCAAGCCCAGAGAGAUGGCACACUGUGACGUGGUUUACCCCCAACACAGAAUGUAACACUGUCAACGUUGUCGAAACAUUUUUUAAUGGCUAAUAUUAUUACUAUAACAUGAUAAUUAUAAAGCUAUUUUAGCGAGUUAAACGGGA